AACACACAGUAAAAAGAAGAAAGCCAGCAGUACGCCCAGUGACGCAGCACGAGACUGUAACUGAUGUCAUCUACUCACUUUAAGGGAAAGGAGAGACAAGCUAGUAGCUGAUAACCUGGGGGACAUAACUGACCUUUUGCUGUUGGGAAUCGUAGUACUUCACCACUGGUAGUUGCCUGUGUGAUAUCCUUGCAGUAUGGACCAGUAUCAGCUGUUUUUCUAUCUGCUAUUGUUGGCUGCUAUUGGUAGUUUGUGCCCAUCCCAUGCAGAAGAAUCUGAUAAUGAAGGUGAUAUGGAGAUUGCCACGCAGUGCACAGACUUAGAAAUAUCAGUCUGCCUUGAUGUUCUACCGUACAACACAACCACGCAAGGACAAAAUCAAACCGUCCUAUUGAACAGUUUUCCACAACUAGAACAACCAAACUCUGCAUGUGCAAAAGAUAUCACAUUCUUUUUAUGCGGAUGGUAUUUUCGUCCCUGCCAGUCGGUAGCUGAUCCACCCAUAUUACCCUGUCGUGGCUUCUGUGAGAGAACACUGGAGACGUGCAACGGAUUAAACAAGGAGUAUUUUCUGCAAGUAACCAACGGCAGUGGGUGUGGUUUACUCCCCUCCAUGCAAAUAUCACCCAGAAGUAAAUUGUGUCAAGAAUCCUCUGUGCCUGUGUCCCCUGAAGAUUCAUCAAGUCAACUCAUUCAGCCUACUAGUUCAGAAACUUUGGCCUCGUCCUCACAAUCAACUCCUACGCAUUCUUAUUCAAUAGAUCCGCUUGUCUUUUCUGUUUCAGCUGAGGCCACAACUCCUUCCAUUUCCCCUGUUGUCUCUUCAUCAUCAGCUCAGGCUACUACUCCUUCCAUUUCUCUGCUUGUUCUAUCAUCAUCAGCCGAGCCUACUACUUCGUCCAUAUUCUUGGAAUCACCUUGGAACCCUUCCUUGCACUCUUCCGCCGAAGCAGAUGUGAUUCGAACAGCAUCGACAGUUGCUAUGGUAACUGACUCCUUGAAUUAUUUCUUGCCAUCAAUGUCACUGUCACUAUCUACUUUGUCUUCUGAGUACCCAUCACCAGUUCCUAGUUCAGUAGCUGAAAAGUCAAGUUCAGAUUUUCCAAUUGAACCAUCUUCAUCUAUUAUGUUAUCUCCAUCAUCAAAAGUUCCAGAAGAGGUUUCUUCCUCAUCACCUGGGACAUUACGUUUGAGCACCUCAAGAGAAUCAUCCCCCAUCUCAAACAUACAGCUUUCAUCAACAUUCUCUUCUCAAAGUUUGUCAUCAGCAUCACUCUCUGCUCUACCCGUUGUCAUGGGUAUCUCAUCUAUUUUACCAUCUCCUUCCUCACAGAUUCCUGUCUAUUAUUCUUCCUCAUCAUACAUGCUUCCUCCUCCUGGUCCUCCUCCAAUGUUCCCCCCUUUCAGUCACUAUUCUUCUUCCCAUUCAUCCAGUGACGCAGCCUCACUGUUUCACAUGACAACAUCCUCUGUUGAGUCAUUGCACGUGACAGCCACAUCAUCAGCGACAUUCCAUUUGAAUUCUGAUGAUUAUACCCCAAUUAAAGUUCUCUUCCCAACACCAACAAUUUCGCACUCUCAAAAGCUGUGCAGUCUCUAA